CAAAACAGCUGUCAGAUAGGAUUGACGGACGGCGGACAAACAAUAAUAUACAGAGCAAACUUUACACCAACUUUACCGGCCCGAAAGCGAUAACGAAAAAACGGGACCCGCACAUGGCACGGAAAGGGAGAGCGUGACGAGCGUGAAGGCAAAACAAAACUAUCGAUCGAUCGGUCCCGUCGGACAAGGCAGGCAGUUGUGUCUUCGGUUCUGUGAAGAAAUUGUGGUGUUUCGGUGUUAUUUGGUUUUUUCUCCUUCGUGUGUGAUAGCGCGCACACACUAAUCUUUAAAGCUCGUUGAUAGAGAGUUUUUUUCCCUCGGUGUGUGUCACGGACGUAGCAAUCUAUUUUCGUUUGCGUCUUAAUUGCAUUCUACCGUGAACGCGUGUUGUUGUCACGCUGCAGCAUGUCCGUCUCUACGCUGUACAAACGGGCCCUCGUGCGCUAUCCCGUGCUGGUGCAGUCGGUCCAAUCGGGGCUGCUGAUGGGGGCCGGUGAUGUGAUUGCGCAAGGAUUCAUCGAGCGAAAGGAUUGGAAGUCGUUCGACGGUAUGCGUGCCUUCAAGUUCUUCGGUAUCGGAUUUUGUGUCGGUGGCCCAGGAUUGCGGAAGUGGUACGGUGUGCUGGACCGACACGUUAGCAGUGCCGGUGGCAGUAAAGCGAUGACCACGCUGAAAAAGGUAGCCCUCGAUCAGCUCAUCUUCGCACCCAUCUUUCUUGGCACACUGAUCGGAACGAUCGGUUUGCUGCAGGGGCACAACGUGGCCGAAAUUAGGCACAAACUGCACCACGAAUACGGAGACAUUCUGCUGACCAACUACUACAUCUGGCCGUGGGUACAGCUGGCAAACUUCUAUCUAGUCCCGCUCAACUACCAGGUGCUGCUGGUGCAGUCGGUUGCCGUGUUCUGGAAUACGUACCUGUCCUGGAAGACAAACCAGAGCGAAGGUGCGAAGCAUGGCACGGUGAAAACGGUCGCCCAUGAGCCACUUUCCGGCGGUGCAGAGGAAACGGUUGCUACUUAAGAUCGUUACCAGCCGGGACAGAACGGGCGUGCGGUACGUGUGACAUCGGGAACCGCUUCAAACACAUGUGAUACUAGUGGGUAUGUACCGGGGAAUGGCAUUCGGCACCGAAUAGGCGGAAAGCCUGUUGCAAAUGGAAAAAAAGGAAGAUUCAGAGCGCGAUUGUUUGGACAUGUUGAUUAAUGUGACAUAAAAUAGGCAAAAAAACGACAUUUAUAGAGUUCUUCCCAUAAGUAACCACCAUCUAAAUUUGGUAGGUGAGAUGCAGGGGGAAAGGAAAUUGCCAUAAAAGCACGACAUUGCACGUGAAAACCGUAGCUUAGUUCUUAUGAACGAUUGAAUGGCAUUUAAUUUGGCGAACAAGUUCCCUCUAACUAGCAAAGCUAACAUUCUCCUCUUCCCGAUGCCAUUAUGCAGCAAAGAAGAUUACUUUACUCUAAGAAAACCGAUUUUAAUUGUUAAACCUCUCGGCAAGUUUGGCAAACGAUUAUAACACCAAACUAAAAGCAGUUGCAAACAAGAUUCAGGAAACUCCUCGUUUGAACUCGCAGAAAGCAGCAAGCAGCAAGUAAACUAAGAGUUCCUUUUUCGUUUUAUAGCAUAAAGCUAUAGGAAACUAGCGCUAGGACUCACAAUUAUCCAACAAUAAACUGGCCUUUCACAUCCAGCUGGAGUACGGAUAGUAUGUUGAUU